GCUUUCGUUCAUUCGUCGUUCUGCGCCCUAUGCGCUCAUUUAUCGCGGGUUUGCGUGCGAUCGCGGUUCGAUUUUUAACGUGUGUCGCGUGUUACGUUAUUCGAUCGAUCGUCAUUGUAAAUAAUAAUAUCCGUGAAAUCGAUUCUAGAUCAUUGCAAAUUACUGAUACUGUGUAGGAAGAAAAAAUGUGCAUCGUUCGCCGAUGAGAAAACAAUUCGAACGUGAAGAGUGCUUCGAACGUUAUUGAAGUUUGAGAUUACAACAUGGCAGUUCAAUAUCGAUAAAGAAAUUGUAAGAUCGAUACUAAGUUGAGUUAAACCAGUGAUUUUUGAAUAGAAUUUAACGUAUUAUAUCAAUCGAAUGAAUGAUAUAAUGGUUAAAUAACAAAGGGAAAAGUGCAUUCGAGGAACGAAAAGUAUUACCGUGUUUACUACGUAAAAUAUUUUUUAAACGCAAAGAAAAAUCUACUGGCUGUUGUCAAGAUCAGGUUAGUCACGUAAAAUUACGUAUCAUUUUACGAAUAUCUUGUGUCUAGUGUGAUAUAUACGAAUGUAUUGAAAUUAGAAUCAAGCGUAGAACCUUUGUGCUUUGUUAUAAGUGAAUUUACGAAAAAAAGAGUCAAAGUUGAUACAGUUAUGUAUAAAAUAUUAUCUAAUAAAAGCAGUUUUUAGUGCAGCUCGUAUAAUGCAACGCAUAAAAUUACUUGAUCACCAUUUCUAAAAUGUCGUGCUUGAAAGUUAAUUUUUAUUAAUUUUUACUCGUUUUGAAUGCGCAUUGCCAUUCUAUUCUUCUACGUAUAAGUAUUUUUCACAAAAUUCGCUUUAUGAUGAGAUUUAUGACAUUUAAAUUAAAAUAUAAAAAAAUCUUUCGUGAUUUAUUUCGAAAUGGCCAAUUUUACGCGAACUUCUUUCAUAAUUUAUUAUUAUUAAAUUCAUUUAUUUCAUAUUUCCCGUUCUAAAGUCUUUCGAUUUCUUUUCUUAUUUCCGAGUCUGAAAUAUAAAUGUUUCAUUACAAGUACUUUAGAAUAAAAAUUCUCAAGCAAGGAAAUUCUUUGUUCGCAAGGUAUUCCGUAUAAACAAUGAUAAUGUAAUACGGAUGAAUAUUCAUGACAAUACGCGACGGUUGAAAUGUUUUUUAGACUUCCGUCGACCAUCGUUUCUUUUUUACUUCUUCGCGAAAGAAACCAUCCGAAACUAACGCUUAUACCUGUUUUUCUGUAAAAUGUUCAAAAAUAUUUUUUACUUACGAAUAGACCGAUCUUCGCAUUAACAAAUGAACGAAUUCUGCGAUUAUAGAAUGAAACGAAAAAUAAUCGCGAUUAACAUUAAAAAAAAGAUAAGUUCAAAAUUACAUGGCGAUUCCGUAUUAAAUUUUUAAAAUUUCGAAUCUGGUUAAUCGGGAUUAUCGCUCGUUUCUGAAAUUUCGCGUACGUUAAAAAGAUUAAUUUUUAAAUAGGAUUCGAAUUACAGCAAGUCGAUCCGAUAAAUACGCGAUACUAAAUCGGAAGUGCAAUUAGGAAUUAAAUAUCGCGUUAAAAAAUUAAUCAACAGGAUUGCGUAGUGAACGAACGUUUAACGCAUUCGUUUCGAUUUGCAUACGUAAAAUUUAAAUAAUAUAGUAUAAUUUACUAACCUAUUCCGUAGAUAUUCAACGCGAUUCAUACAACUUUAACUGCUGCGGGAAUCGCAAUUAAUGGAGCCACGUAACUGGUGUGCUUCCAAGCGUUAGAACACUUUGAAAUGUCGCAAGAAAUGAGCUCGAGAAUGCGUGUAAAUCAACGUGUUCGCGUUAAAUAUGGAGCUUUUCGCCGCAUUUACAUUCGGGACGCGCAAGAAUAAAAGAAAUUCAUUUAAACGUGCGCAUUAAGUGGCUUCGUUUAUAUUUCGAAUCAAAGUUUUUUUGUUUGCGGUUUUUGCCAUUCAUUUGUUUCUCUCUUAAUUACAAGUAGAUAAAUAUUUUUCACUCGAAUUGAGAUAAACGCAUCGUUUUAUUUAUUAUUUUCACGGUCGGAAUUUUUUCGAAUCGUAUUAUUAUAAUGUUUUUCGUAUAGUUAAUCGCGCUUAUUCUUUUGUAACAAAAAUCUGCUCGUUUUUUAUUGAGUUUCUGAAUAGAAAAAGAAAUGUUUAACGUUGAUACAGUAACACGAUUUAAAGAAAUUUCGAGAUUACAUUUAAUCAGUGUAUAUCAGUGUAAUGUUGUGUAACAAAGUGUAAGCAUCUUCGAUGAAUUUAUACGGUGACUGGAUUAUAAUAAAACGUGUCUGUGUUUAAAAAAGAAGCAAGAAAACUCCUGUAGGAAUUAGUGAAUCGUUUCGACAGCAUUUCGACGGAUUGAACUUGCUUCGCGAUUCGUUGGCGGAUUAAAUUUUUCUGGCUUCGAAAUUUCCUUGGAGAGGGAAGAAAGGCAGUGGAGGGGGUAAGGUGACAGUCAAAGUUCUCCUCGAGCCACGUCACUCGAUUACCCGUGAAGGAUAUUUCGUAGGCCACGAAGAAAUGGGAAACGAAGCUUUUGAGGAAUAACUCGAGGCAUUGCGAGGAAAAUCCCGUUCCAUUGUCCAUUUGGAUAAGAUUACUGGAGAUCGGAGGAAGGAAGGUGUCGUCGCGAUUUACGCACGUGCGGAAUGAAAACGCGGAGAGCGGAAAGAAGGGAAUCCGAGUCCGGCAGCGUUUAAGCGGCUUUUCGCCGCUUGUUUUCGCCUGGAGGCGAGUUCGAUGAUGCGUUGAAUCGAGUCGAGGAAGGAGGGAAGAACGAUGGAGGAGGAACGACACGGAAUCCUCGUCCCGGAAAUCCUUUCGUUCGUGUUGAAACGAAGGCCAACUUGAACUUGCCAACCGCCUUCUUUCUUUCGCGGUUCCCCUAUCAUCCCCUCCCCUCUUCCUCUUCUUUUCCACGAGAACGAGGGAGGGAAGAAUGGAGGAACUGUCGGGUAGCUUCUCACGGAGAAGAGGAAAAGUUGGAGUGACACUUUGUUGAAAUUCGAGUUUCCAUCUCCCCGUCCAUUCCAUAAGAAGAGAAUCCUCGUACGCCGCACAUCCCAUAGUAUCGAAAAAUCAUUCUCGAAUUCGAAUGAGCGAGGAGGGAGGAGCGAGAGAAGGAGGAGAAGAAGGAGGAGGAGGAGGAGGAGGAGGAUGGUCGUUUCUCGCGGCUCGUAAAGGCAGAAUUAUGCGUUGCACGAGAGCGUGGUCCACCAUCCCUGCGGAAUCUUCGAUAAGAUCGAGUUGGACGUUAUUGCAUUGGCCUGCCGUAAUAAAUAUCUCUUAACCGUAUGCGUACCUUGAGAGGGCAAUAUCCCUCGCCCUCCCCCUCCCCGAAAAAGUGGAUCGUGCCUCGAUAAAGAGCUCGCCCCCCCCUCCAACUAAUAUCCCGGAAAAUAUCUCAAAUCGUCGAUUUCGUCCGCCUAGAAUUCCGCCUUCCGUUCCGUUCCAUUCCAUUCGGGACACGCGAGGGGCGCCGUUCGUCGAGGAGAAGAAAAAUGACGGUUCGAGUGGCCGACUCGCGUAACCGACGAUCCAUCCGACGGACAUCGCCCCCUCGAACAGCCGUCGCUCCGUUCCCCACUCUUUGGACGACCGUUUUCUGUUGGUAAAAAUAUAUAUAGUGAAAAGUGAUACGUAAAAGCGUUGGUGUUGGGAUUCGAGGCCUCGAACGAAGGAAGAAACGAGCAAUGUCGAGGAGGGGAAUGAUGGGAACGGACGAGCGGAGAUCGCGUGGACGAUCGACGCGUAGGAAAUCGUGGAGAAAUAGCCGUAUCCACCAUCGAUAUCGAUCGUGAUGACGUGAUAUCGACCUCGUUUCUGGGUAUAUAUCUUUGCCAGUUGGUGGAGCGCGGUUGGAAGGAGGGAUCGCGUUAUCUCGCCGGUUGCUCGGUUCGACAAAUGAGAAGGAGAGGCGGAGACGUUGGCAAGACGGCGUUGGACAAACGAGAGCGGAAGGAGGAGAGAAUCGGGUGAUCGAAGGGAGGGAGGGAGAAGGGAAAGAGAGGAUGGAGAAGGAAAGGGGACAUUACAGGGCUUACGAGGGCUUCAAGCCCGCGAACAAUGGCAACACGUCGUCGCUGAAGAGGUCUACGGCGGCGUCGGACCGCUCGAAAACGCAUCCGUCGAGGCAAGUGAGGUGCCUUUGCUUCGGCGGGGUGCCGGACAAGGCGAGCCACCACUCCUUUCUCAAGGGCUGCGUUAUAAACCUCGGCAUAUGCGCCCUCCUCGUGGCCUACACCCUGCUGGGCAGCUUCAUCUUCCUUGCCAUCGAGGGCGGCACGGAUGACGCCGGGAUUCUGCUGCAACAAAGGAGCCUAGCAAUGGCGAGCAAUCAGCCUGGCAGGCGGAACACCACAGCUUGGUUGAAACAGGUCGGGCACGAAGCACGGGCGAAGACGGUGGAGAAUAUAUGGAUAAUCACGGAGAGUUUGAAUAUACUUUAUCGAGAGAAUUGGACGAGGUUGGCCGCCCAGGAAAUCGCGCGUUUCCAGGAUCAGUUGGUGAAAAGGAUCACCGAGGACAUGAUCGCGGCCCAAAACGGCGGGACGUACGUCGGCAGCUCGGAUCCAGUCACGGAACGACGGGUCCCGGAAUACGAGUGGAACUUCGCCAAAGCGUUUCUGUACUCCCUCACCGUGUUGACGACCAUCGGUUGCGGUAGCAUCGCGCCAAAAUCCACAUGGGGUAAGAUCGCAACGACGGGCUACGCCAGUCUCGGCAUCCCCUUAACCUUGGUCUACUUGUCGAGCGCCGGAGGUCUUUUAUCCAGGUGCGCGAGAGGUGUGUUCACGCGUGCUCUUUGCUGCUGCCUUUGUUCAAAUUGCGGCUAUUGUUGCUACGACGAAAGACGGAUGGAGGAAAAAGAAAGACGGAUGAGAAAGAAAAGGCAGCAAGAGGAGUUGGCGCAGCAGCAACAGCAAUUGCAGUUGCAGGAACCGUUUUACGUCCGCGCGAACGCGUCAACUUUCACGAGCACGGUGGAAAUGAAGAGCAGCCCGAAGGACGAGGUGUCGAGCCUCGGCUCUGGCGACAGGCCCAACGUUACUAUACUCGCGCCUAUCAGCAUUUGCCUUGGUGCGAUGCUUUGCUACAUCGUAGCGGGCGCGUUUACUCUGCACAAGUUAGACGGCUGGUCCUUUGUGGAUGCGAGUUACUUCUGCUUCAUGAGCCUGAGCACGAUCGGGUUCGGCGAUAUGGUUCCCGGUUCCUAUCCCCGCCACACCCUUUACGAAUCGAGGAACGUGACCGUUUGGUUCUGCUCCUUCUACAUAAUGUCUGGGAUGGCGCUUACGGCGAUGUGCUUCAACAUCCUCCACGACGAGAUCGUUCACAGGCUUAGCCAUCAGACGGAGAAACAGGAAACGGUGAAGGCAAGCCCGAGCGUGGACGAGCUCUCCACCGAUCCCCUUACGCUCACCUCGUGACAAUUUCCGUCUGGCAACUUGUGCCACAGGAACGGCACCGACGAAAACGAUAUAUGCGGAACGGAACCGCCGACCAGUUUGUUCGCCCACGAGAACGAGAUCAAUAUCCUCAAGGACACUUUCAAUCAAGUGGACGUAACUAGGGACUGUAAGCCUAUUUUGAAACUCGAAGAUCACGUCCCGCCGAUUCCUAGUGUUUACAUGUUGCCAAAGGUCGACGAGGAGACGGAGGAGAACACAGAAAUGUAAAAGAAAAUUUCUCUCUUCGCCUCUCCUCGACGAGGGACGAGUGGAUCUUUUUUUUGAUAAGAAGCAACCGAACCAAACCUGUCCAACAGGUUUGUUCCAAAGAACAACACGUUUCGCGUUUCCAGCUGGGAAACGCGAACGUGUUUCGAAUCGAUAGCUACCCUUGAUGCGUCGCACAUACACACACACACAUAUAUAUAUAUUAUAAAUAGAAAAUUAAUCAUCGCAGUGAGACAGUGUGCGCUUCGACGAAUCGUGGACGAAAAAAUAUUUUUUGAUUUUCAAAAAAUCGAAUUUUACGUGAUUAUGUAUAAAUAUUUUUUCUUCUCUUUUCUUCUUUUUCUUUCUUCUUUCCUUUUUUUUUCAAGUGAUCAAGAACCUAUGGGAAUUCUUCGUGGUCUAAAAACGGGUUUCGCAUUUAUAAUAUAUUCGUUCGAAGAAUAGAUGGUAUCGUUUACCGAUCGAUGGACUGUCCUCGCGUAGAGAAGUUGCCGACAGAUCUAACCGAUACAAACAAGUAUUUAUGCGUACGAGGUUACAGGGGGGACAUAAACGAGACAUAUUUUCGUCGUAUACGAGGGAUGCAUCAACUUCAAAGAAAGUACGCUACUAUGUUCCGUAUGGAACGCCGUUUCCAAUGUAUUAACGAAGCGAAUAAACAUUUUAUAUUGUGUUUGAAACAAAUGUUCGAAUUGAAGUUUUAUAUAUAUAUAUAUAUAUUUCUUUAUUUAUAUUUAUUUUCUACGGUAAAUACACGCGCGCAUAUAUACGUACGUGUUAUUUCUAACAUUAUCGAUUAUAAAAAUCAAUAUUGGAUCGAAAUCAAAUAUGGUUAUUAAAUUUUACUCGAUUUAAUAAACAAAUCGAAUGAAAUAAUGAAUAAAUAAACACGGUCCAACUCGGCGAUAUCACGUUAAUAAAGCCGGUAAUUACAUUACGCAAGUUCUAAAUAAGAUUUUCCUCCCAGGAUGUGUCUCCUAAAUGUUCUACCAAGUUUCUAAACUUGCUGUAGAUGUUUCUACGUUAAUCCUGGUUUACUUUUGAUCAACAUUCGUUUCCGUAUUAAUAAAAUGCGAAAUUCGUGUAAACAGGAAUUUGAAUAUAUAUAUAUAUGGAUGGAAAAAGCAAUCAGAAAUAUAUAUUCUUCGAAAUUUAUUUUAUACGAUUUGGAAACGGCGUUCUAAGAGAUCGACUCGAUAUUUCUAUGCCUAUUUAUAGAUAGAAAUUCGUGACAGUUUUUAUAUUUCUGCAUAUAAUAAACGCUGGAAAAAUGAAAACACAUUCUUGUCCAUAAUGUGGAUUAUUGCGUCUAGUCGUAUCAAAUGGAAUAUAUAUUGUAAAUCAUCGUGAUGAAUCGUUUUGAAACGCGUGAUAACACUGCCAAAAAUAAAAUUAUAUUGUCCACAAAAAUUAACGUUUAGAGAAAGAUUGAUAAGCUUUAAUAACUAUACAAAAGUAUUUCGAUAUAUACUUUGUAACGAAAUGAAUUUUUCUAAGGAAUAGGAUUUUUUGGUACAAACUUUUAUACGUAUCCGUUCCUUAUUGUCCGAUUCUUUGUUACUAUUUUUAACGAUAAUAUUUUAUAACUGUUUUAUAAAAGUUCUCAUAAUUAUUUAUCGGAACAAUUCCUCAGAAUUAAUCAUAAAUCAUUCUUGAUAUACAAUAUGCUACAGCCCAUUGACUAGACGCAGAAAUCAUGAACAAAAAAAAUCAUAUUUGAAUUCUGUGCUCAAGAACAAUAACUAAAAUACUGUUACGAUUAGACACUAAUCUUUAAGAGUGUUGCAUAUAAAACUACUCACAUUGUUUAAUAUCGAUAUUCGUGAUAGGAUACGAGAUUAUGGAGUGCGUAAUGUAUAGCUGUAAAUUAGCUGUAAAAUAUUACUUUCGUCGUUUUAUACAGAGCAGAUUUUCUAAAAAUCUUCACCACACAAAUUAAUUUAUACUCCGUUUUGCGUGAGAACCAUUUAAAUAUUAACCGUGUUUCAAACCUUUUUGCGUCAAAAUAAAUAUUCAUACAUCUAUGUAUACUCAUUCUUUUCUAUUAUUGGUUUAAACUUGGUUUAAAUCAAAUCGAAUCAAAUGCAACGUAGAUAUACGCAUUUAACGAAACUUAUUAUAUUAUUAAGGAAAUACGUUAUAAAAAAAUAUCCGACUUGCAGAAGAUUAAAUAAAUCGAUCAACAACGCCAUCUGCUCUGUACACACAACGAAAGACACCGCGUGCAGUAGCGACCUAAACAAGUGUUUUUUCCGUUUCUUGUAACAUAUCAUAAGAUGUAAGUACGUUAAAAUUCCCUUGUACGCUGAAAAAAUAAGAGAUGAGAGGAUUAAAACGACGAACGAUAUAUAUAUAUAUAAAUAUAUAUCUUGGAAAUACGAGCGUUAAAUCGUAUGUAAGUUCUGGUUGUGCAUUCGAAUUCCAAGCGAAUUUCGUUAGGUGUCUAAUGACAAUCGAUAUCGGCUUGACCAGUUACUAGAAUUACCGCUCUAUCGGUAAUAUCGAUAGAGGAUAUCGAUAGAGGUGGCCAGUAGCCAAAACAAAGUUUACUUUAACGUUUGCACCAGCCCAUACAGCCAUCGAUCCAACUUGGCUGACCGAGCAAACUUCCUCGCACUACUCGUUCCAUUCAUUUUGAAAGGGCACGCGCGUUUCUCCAAGCUGACGCUUGGACAAUUUGUUGCGGAGAACCACUUGUAACUUUCCUUCGAUUCCACCGAUUCACUUUGGAUAUAUCGUCGAGCCGAUUUUUAUGAUUUUUAUUUAACAUUUCAAAAGAAGUUUAAAAGAAAGACGUUUUUCGAUGGAAUAACAAUUUUUUUCUUUGGCGAUAAAAUCGACACUCUGGCGUGAUAUUCCAAGUGAAAAUCGAAGAUUCCAACCGAGAAUUUACAGACCAACGUGCCCAUUUAUAUAGAUCAUACAAAAUUUGAUGCCAGAAUGUAAGGAUAGGAAUUCGAUUUACUUUACAAUAUGCUUACGAUUUUGCAAAAACAUUAUUUUAUUACGAAGAUUUUUCCCGUUUUUUUAAAUUUUAUUAAAAAAAUAUAUCCCUUUCUUUAUUUGGUAAAAAUUCGAUUCCGAGUACGAAAUAUUUGACGAGUUAACGCCAGCAAAGAGGAACCGUUUAUAUUCCGUGCAAAGAAGUUGCAAUGCGAAUUCCCAUUAGAGAAAUCCUCCGCUCGACUUUUUCUAUCUCGUGAAGAUUUCCCCUUUUUUUUUUUUUUUUUGCGUAUCUCAUGAUUUCACACCCUUGCGUUCUGGUUUCUUUCCUCGUUCCUCAGGGAAAUAUGACUGAAUUCAAAGCACUCGUCGACCACUAUGAAACUUUAGCACGACAAUUUCGCGAAAAGAAAAAAGUAAAAAAACUUGAUCCGUUCAACGGAUUAAUAAGCCCAUUAUAUUCGAGAAGAAGGAAAGAUAAAAAAAAAGGGGAAAGAUUGAAUCCUCCGUAUUUUCAUUUAUUAUUGCGUAUUGUUCGAUACACCGUGACGCAAUCGCAAAUUCUAAAAACCGAGAUAUAAUAAUCAGGCUCGAAAAUUAGGCGAAUUUUUCGAGUUUUCGAGGCACUUUUGAAAACGUUCAUCGUUGCUGUUCAAUUCGAUUUAUCGUCAAGUUUAACAAUGAUAUUGUCAAUGAGUAUAAAGUCAAUUAUAUUUAUGCAAAAUAUUCUCUCAAAUUAAUAAUAAACGAGUUUAUAUUAUAAAACGGAUUCUCGGAGCUUUUCUAGAAUUAAAUUUACAGAUUUAUUGUAUCGAAUAAAUGAAGAAAUUUAUUUCAACGAGAAUCAUUUUAAUCAAAGUAAAGAGUGGCAAAUAUCGAUUUCCUUUUCUCUAUGAUGAUAACGUGUACCCACAUUUAUUUGAAUAUUUUACUGAAUUUCAAAAGACACCAAAUAAAAUCAAAUAAUCAAACAACUGGUUCGUCGAUUGCUCAAACUAGAGAAUUACUGACUAAACUAGUUUAAAUCAAAAUUAAGAUGAUGAGAAUAGAGUAAUCAAAGAAAAAGGAAGAAAAAGGAGAAAAAGGUGGAAAAUAAUUUUACGCCGAUUCAAUAUUCGCGUUUAACGAAUUUAACGAAUCGGGUGGGAUUUGCUUCUGCCGUCCUUUCGUAACAGCGAAUCCUGCACAAAAUUACAACCUGUAAUUCGAACGUAACUCGACGUGAUUUUUACGAGUCCUAUAACUAAUAAUUGUUCGGAAAUAUCGUUUAAUAUUCAACGUGACAAUGGUCAAAAUAAGGAAUAAUCAGGAAUUAAAAAUUUCGUCGCUAAAUAAACAUCAAGAAACAUCCAUAAGAACAGCGCCGUUGGUAAUAAAGUUUUCUAUGUUACCCUUGUACAUAAUAUUAAACGUUGUACGAUAUUAAUAUUGAAGAAAAAAAAAAGUUAACGUUUAAUGUUAGAAAAGUACUAUUAAAACAUUAGAAUUUCUAUUUUCACUCUCGAUCGAUUUUGUCCAAAUAAAAAUUCCACAUCUUUAAGCGUGAAUUGCAAUUCAAAUCGUGAGACGAGAAAUAUCAGAUAUUCAUUCAAAACUUUUCGUAUACAACAGUCAUGGUAUCCUAACGCUCUGAGAAAAAAAAAAAUAGAUAUGUGCUCCUUCUAGCAGUUUUGUAUAGCAAUCCGUUUUACAAAUGUAUAUCUUUGUACAGAAAUAGUCCGAUAAUUUUUAUUGGAAAAAAAAAAAAAUUAAAACGAGGAACUUUGUUAAUUUUCUGCCUUAUUAUAUUUUAAUGAAUAUCAUAAAUGUACGUACAAUAUGCGUAUAUAUAUAUAUAUAUAUAUAUAUGCUUAUUUUGUAAUAAGGAAUUUUAUUCAUUUAACAAAUUGAUGACAAAUUAAUGACGGAUAAUUAAUAUCAAUUAAUAUCAAUUUGACGAAUAAAUAAAAUUUCUAAUAUAUAGAGUUAAAACAAAAGCUGUUUUAUUUCUUUUCCUUGUUUUACAUUUGUUAAAUUUGUAGUUAUAAUUUAUAUGAAAGAAUUGUAAAGAAUGAAAUUUUGUGAAAGAAUUUGAUCAAUGUAUAUGAAACAAUCAAACUCUUGGAAGAGGCAGAAACAUCAAUAAACUAAUUAACUAAUCAAACUUAAA